UCUCACUUCAUGGCCAACUUGCCUGGUUGAAGGAGCUUUGAAGACACGCUGAUUCCAGAGGAUGAGGAGCGUCAAACACACUGUUUAACCCACACGGGUCUGGCACCCGGUGUUGGCAACCCAAGUCUCAAUCCAAUUCCAACAUUUAUGAAAUUGAGGUAUUUUGCGGGGCUUGGGCACCCACCAACUUAGAACAAUGUCACCAGAGGGGGAAUAAAAGGCUUCCUAGGAAAACCCCCUUGGCUGCUCCUGGGUUGCUUCCAAGGCGACUUCACCAAGAACAUACAUUUAUGGCUGAAAUACAGAGACAAAGCAGCAGGUGGGACAACACAGAAUGGCCCCCCCAGCCAUGUCUGGCAAUGUCUGCCCCCUCCAGCUGCUCCUUCAGCCCCCCCCCGGGACCCCCUCUUGCUGGGACAGGGCUCUCUGCCCCGCAGCCCCUCCAGGGGCCCCCAAGAGAGACAUCCCCAUCUGCCCCCCAAGACCCCCCCUCCCCCAUUGCGGGCCCAAGGGCGGCCUCUUCCCCUCAGAGGGAGCAGCUCGCCAGGCCCCGGAUGGAGCAGCUCUGCGCCUGCGCGAAGCCCCUGACGGCUCCGCCGGGAGAGAGAAGGGUUAAGGGGCGCCGAGCUGGCUUCCUAGAGGGGACAGGAAAGGAAGGCGGAACGCUCCUCCCCCUCCUCCCCUCUGACGUCCCUUCCGGCCAGAGCGGCCUCGCCUUCGCCUGGCGGGCUCUGCUUGGAGUCUGAGCUGUGGUGCAAUCCAGCCCUGGUUCCUAGCAAGACUCAGCCACGCUUCUUCAGGAACCAUUCUUCUCCUCUUCAUCUUACAAUAGAAUAGUGUGUUUGAUUCAUACGAUUUUCUGCACCUUGGUUUGGACCCACAGAACUUGGCAGAGGACCAAACGGCUCCUUCCAAUCUCUUGGAGACUUCUGGAGAGCCCAGAUGGAUGAGCAAGACUCAGCUGGCCCUGAAGCAGGAAGAGGCCAUGCCAUGGAAACAGGGAGCAGUGGGGGAUUCUGGGAAAACUC